AUGGAAUCCUAUGCAGAGAGUGAAGAAUGUGGUCCACCACAUCCAGCUCUUUGUGUUCUGUCUAGAUUGACAGCAGCCAUAGAUAAGUUACCAGGAGAUGAAUCUGAUUGCCAAACAGCUAUGUUUGAUCUUAGAAAUAUAUUAAUAGAAUCUGAUAUUUCACCUUUUGAAGUUAAUCAUUCUGGACUCAUUAAAGCCUUAAUUAGUUUUAUGACUUUAGAAGAAGGAAGGGUUGAUAGAGAUAUGCGUUUAAAAAUCUUUCUUCAUGUUUUUACUGGUUUACCAAUAAAUGUACAAAAUAUCACAUCUAUUCAAGAUCUACAGGAAUGGAAUCCCACAUACUUCAGUGCACUUGUAGCUAAGUUAUCUGGUUGUGUAUCUCAAUUAGAACAAUUUCCAGUCAAAGUUCAUGAUUUGCCUGCAGGUCCAAAUGGUGCCAGGGGUGGAGGUACUAGUGCUUUAAAAUUCUUUAACACUCAUCAACUCAAGUGCAAUUUGCAGAGACAUCCUGAUUGUACUAAUUUAAAGCAGUGGAAAGGAGGUACUGUAAAAAUAGAUCCAUUAGCCUUAGUUCAAGCUAUAGAAAGAUAUUUAGUUGUACGAGGUUAUGGUCGUUUACGUGAUAAAGAUAAUGCUGACUCUGAUGAUGAUAAUUCAGAAGAUGAUAUUGAUGACACGUUAGCUACAGUAGUGUUUGCUCAAACUGGUUCUAGGCAUAAAUUACAGUUUUUGAUUGGAGAUAAUGUCUUACCUUAUACGAUGACAGUAUAUCAAGCUGUAAGACAAUUUUCCCCAACUGCUAAUGAUCAGAGUGAAAUUGAUACUGAAUCUGAGAUGCCUCUGGGGAAUGCAGGAGUUUGGGUGCAAACACAUACUAUUUAUAGACCAUUACCUGAAGAUGCAAGCAGUACUAAUAAGAGCAUGACUGCACAACAUAGUACGAGGAAAGGUAAAAUUAGUUCUAAAUCUCAUAUGAGACGUAAAGGAGAUGAAUUGUGGAGUGAAGGAAUCAUUCCUGCGGUGGCCUCACCUCUUAAAACAUUUUUAGUGCAAAGUUUACCAGAAACAGUAACUAUUCAAGAUGCUAGUCUAGAAGUAUUGUGCUUAUUGCGUGUAUUGUGCUCUUUAAAUCGUUAUUGGAACAUUCUUCAUCCAUCUUUAGAAUAUGUACCUAUAAUUGGACAGUCUGAAUUUAUCAACAGUAAAAUAGCAGCAAAAGCAAACCGACAAUUGCAGGAUCCUUUAGUGAUCAUGACAGGAAAUUUACCACAAUGGUUACAUCAGAUAGCAGGUGUAUGCCCAUUCUUAUUUCCUUUUGAAACAAGGCAGCUUUUGUUUUAUGCAAAUAGUUUUGAUAGAGAUCGGGCACUGCAAAGAUUAAUCGAUUCAUCACCUGAUAUAAAUUCUAAUGAUACAAGUGAAAGAGUGACACCUAGAUUAGACAGGCGCAAACGAACAAUAUCUCGUGAUGAUAUUUUAAAACAAGCUGAAGCUGUCAUUCAAGAUCUUGCCAGUUCCCAAGCUCUUUUGGAGAUACAGUAUGAAAAUGAAGUUGGAACAGGAUUAGGGCCUACAUUAGAAUUUUAUGCUUUAGUUUCACGUGAAUUGCAAAGAGCUGAUUUAGAUUUAUGGCAUGGCAGUGAAAGUUUCAAGCAUCUAUCUUAUGUCCAUAGUCCUGUUGGACUAUUUCCAAUGGCUUUAGGAAGAACAACCAAAGUUUCUCAGAUGUCUAAACUGAAAAGCAAGUUCAAGUUUUUAGGAAAGUUUAUGGCUAAAGCUGUAAUGGAUAGUAGAAUGUUAGAUCUACCAUUUUCGACAUCAUUUUAUCGAUGGCUGCUUGGGCAAGAGCAUGCACUAUCACUGUCUGAUUUAUCAUCGGUUGCUCCGGAAGUUCAUCGGACUCUUGUGAGACUUCAGGACACUGUUCGCAGAAGAGAUGCAAUACUGGCAGACCCUAGCUUAUUACCAUUGGAAAGGCAACGCUUAAUAGAAGGAUUAACACUUGAUGGCUGUUCUAUUGUGGAUCUAGGUUUAGAUUUUGUUCUACCUGGAUAUGCUAAUAUUGAACUCAAGAAAGGUGGAAGAGAUACUCCAGUAACACUAGAUAAUUUAGAUCAAUAUAUAAAACUAGUGGUGCAUUGGUUCUUGUAUGAAGGUGUUACUAGGCAAAUGGAUGCAUUCCGUGAAGGUUUUGAAUCUGUCUUCCCCCUAUCUGCAUUAAGAAUGUUCUAUCCUGAAGAACUAGAAGGUGUAUUCUGUGGCUCUAACGUCUCAGGCGGAAACACUAACUGGGAUAUAAGAUAUCUACAGGAAUGUUGUCGUACUGACCAUGGAUAUGUGCAAGAUAGCAGAGUGAUCAAAUUCUUGUUCGAAAUCUUAAGUACUUACAAUAAAGAAGAACAGCGCAAGUUUGUGCAAUUCAUCACUGGCAGUCCUAGAUUACCAACUGGAGGUUUCAAGGCUUUGUCUCCUCCUUUAACAAUUGUGAGGAAGACGCUGGAACAAAAUAUGAAUCCUGACGAUUAUCUGCCUUCUGUCAUGACUUGUGUGAAUUAUUUGAAACUUCCUGAGUAUUCAUCGAUAGAAGUAAUGAGAACUAAGCUCAGAAUAGCUGCCAGUGAAGGCCAGCACUCUUUCCAUCUGUCCUAAUGACUGUGAUUUAAUAAUUUUUAUCAUAUCUAGAUAAAAGAUUUACAAAAAAUGAAAUAAAUUCAUCAAUUCCUUUCCCCUCUGUCAUUAUUUUCCUUGUAUCCUCAAAUAUAUUUCCCAUAUUUAAUCAAUUCCUGAAAGAAAAACAGAAAGAAAAUCUUUAUAUAACAUAUUAUAUACCUCCAUAUAAAUAUAUAUAGUUUUAGAUAGCAUAUAACAAUCUAUAUAUACCUAUAUAAAAUAUGAGAAAUAAAUAUAUCUAUAUCACAGACACUUGCUACUAUACCAUUAAAUAUUAUUUCUUUAGUUAAUAAAUUAUUUGUUGUGUGCGUGAACAAAUCUAGAUCACUAGAUUAACAUAACAUGUGUGAUAAUGAUUGUGUUGACAUGAAUUAAUCUUUAAGAAUGUGUUUCUGUUUGUGCAUAUAUAAUCUAAGUCCAUCAUUUGAUCUGCAUUUUGACCAAUAAUAAACUUACGUUGUAUUAUACUAUGAAAUGAAUGUGCUAUGAAAUGAAUUGUUAAUUUUUAAUAUUACUAUUAUCCCACCAAUAACAAGUUUUAUAAAGCUAAGUAGCUGCUCUUGUGUUUAAGGUCUUUUUUUUUCUUUAAUUUUUAGAAAGAAGAAAAUAUUAAAUUGUGAUUUUAUUUGAUGCAAAGCUUGCUUUUAAGAA